AUCUGGCGUCAGACAUCUCUAGCAUCGCCUGUCUAAUUUAGUGCGAUUAAUAGAUUUACUAAUAAUAUUGUGUAUAUAAUGUAAAACCCGUAGGCACGAUGACUGACUACGCACAAGAACAGCAGGAUGAAAUUGAAGCAAUCCAGUCUAUUUAUCCCGAAGAAUAUGAAGAAAUAUCGACAGACCCAACGUGCUUCAGUGUGUUCGUACAGACAGAGGACUACGAGGACGACACGGACGUAGGAGCCGCCUGCACUCUACAGUUUACCUACACACCUACCUAUCCCGACGAGGUGCCACUGGUAGAGAUCACAAACUACGAAAACAUCACAGAUGAAGAUGAUGUAGAGGAGCUACAGCAGCUGCUGUUGCAGCAGGCAGAGGAGAACGUUGGCAUGGUGAUGGUGUUUACUCUCGUAUCAGCUCUUCAAGACCUCCUCCACGAGAGAAUCGAGAAGAAGAAGGAGGAGGAGGAGCAGAUACGGUCGCGGAAGAAGGAGCAAGAGGAGGCCGCCGAAAUGGCGAGGUUUGAGGGAACGCGCGUCAACAUCGAGACGUUUAUGUCGUGGAAGCAGAAGUUUGACGAGGAACGGCGGCUGCAGAAAGAGAAAAAGGUCGAUACAACCAUCAAGCUCGGAAAACUAACGG